AGCCACUUAACUUUUGGUUCUGACCCGUUUAUUACCUUUUGCGCGCCCUAUUGAAGCAGAUUGAAGAUUUUGAUAUUUCAACUUCGUCAUCAUGAAGCAGCUGAAUCAAUCUUUCCUGUCGUCUAGCAUAGUUGAUGGAUUAGGUCCAGUGGAAUCCAGCAUGGAUUUUGCCUAUUUGUAUUUUAUUCCCGUGUGUCAUUCAGAAACAAUUCUUUUUCCGUCUAGAGCGCGCUGGCCUUGUUGCGCGAAACUUGUUGAAGCUCAUCUAUCUCAGCACGGAGCGAAGUCAACUCCAUUUUUUUGUUUAUCUUGCUCCAAGAGAAGUAUAGCACAGAGUCAGCACCAGCACUACCAAAGAAGUACAACGGCUAGUAUUGCUAUUGUUUCUCUUGUCAACGGCCACCUGGCCACGGCUCUUCAAGAUGAACUUCUUUCGUCGGAAGUCUGCCUCGCAAGGGGCGGCGGAAGAUCUGGGGGGCUUUGACCCGAACAGCCCGACGCACAAGAAGACGACCUCGGGCGCGAGGACCGGAGCCGCAGAAGACCGAGGCUCACCCUCACCUUCAGCUUCAGCGUCCGCGCCGACCGAGCCUGCCUCGCAGAUCGAACCACCGCGCGCGCCAACGGCGACCAACGCCGCCUCUAACAAGGAGAACGAGAAGCCCCCAGCGCUGACACGAAAAAGCCAGCGAACAAACGCGGAGAACUUCACGCUAAUCGAUUCCAGUUCCAACUCGUCUUCUGACGAGCUGAAGAUCGUGAAGGGCGCGAGCAGCACAACUUCCGACUCUAGUUCCUGCGUGGAAAACGUGAGCAUGACCAGCGUGAUCGCGGACCCGCGCAUGCAGGAGCUGCCGGCCUACAAGCUCUCCUCGCCCACGGUGUUGCGCAAUCUGUUGGAGGAGUCCGUGUCGACCGCGAGCAGCAAGCACUUUGACUUCCCGAUUGGCGCGGCUUCCAGCACCCGCAGCUCGCCGGAAAAGCGGGGCCGCAUCAGCCAGUCCUCAGAAAUCGGCGGUGGUGCCUUCGAUUUGGCACAAGCGAGCCCGAGUCAGCACGGCAUGCAAUUCGUCCAGCAUCCUGGAGCAGCUGGUAGUGGUAGUGCCACGACGACCGGUCCCGGGGGACCUGCUUCUAGUGCUGCGGGUUCCGGACCCUUCGGCACAACGCCCUCGUCUACAGGACAUCAAGCAGGAGAGCAGCACCACCAGCAGAUGCACUACGAUUACGGAACUAGCAACAACCGGUCACGCUCGGUAAUUUCCGCGACCACGGAGCAGUUUUCGAUGCAAGACCAGGACAUGCCGAUGGAGGGAUCAGAAACGGAGCAAAUGGACAUGGAAAACGACCACGAGUCGAUGUUUGAGGAGUGGCGGUUUGAACUCGCGAGUCAGUUGUCGAGUCAGCCGCAGUUGCUGCAGAAGAUGAUGCAGUUUAUGGACCACGUGCAGAACGAAAAUCGGGACCUCCGCAAGGAGCGCAGCCAGCAGAUGAACAAGGUAAACGAGGUGCUCCGGGACGCGUCAGACACGCUCUGCAGCCAGGUGAACGCCUUUCUGGCCGAAAAGGAACAAGAGCGGCAGGCGCAGUUCGAAGAGCUAAAGAGAAAAGCGGGAAUCGAAGUAGGAGGAGAAAAUGGAAGUGCAGAUACCGGUCGCGCUGGAACGAUACUUGGCGCAGCGGCCGGGGAACACCAAUCCACGCGGGGUCCGAAGAACACUAGCAUGAAGAAACGUUUUUUUAACUGGAUAGUCAAAUUACCACUUCUCCUGUUUUGCGUCCUCUUCACGGUGUUGCACUUUCUGCUGGAGUACGCAACCUAUGUAGGGAUAGCACGAGAGCAGAGCUUUUCUGCCGGUUCUGACUCCUUCCUACUUGACACCCUCGGUCUCACGUCUGCAAGCGACGCUCUGGCGUCAACGCUGUGUGACGGCAGCACGGAAAGAGCUACACUGAUAACCAAAAAUUGGCGAGCAGCCAACUCGUUCACCAGCUUUGUCGCGUCGCGUGCCUGCCAAUUUUACCGCCUCCACGAUGGAAGCUGUUUGGUGAAAGACAGUAAGAAGAACGCGUUUGUCUGCAGUAAGCCCGUUCCAAAAAUUCACGAAAUGGAACUGGCACCAGAACUGCCACCCCAAAAGCAGGAGCAGAUCGUGACAACGACGCUGGAAGCGCUCACCCAAGGCACCACCAAAGCCGAGUCCUGCGAGCCCGCCGUGCAAAGGUGUGCCGACGAACUGCUAUCCUACAAGCACGAGUAUCACAGCAUGAUGAAAGAAUACAACCGCGCGAUCGGCGAGUACAAAAAGUCGGAAACCAGUCUCAACAUGCUGAGGAUGUUCGUCACCAGGCGAGGUCCCGUGUUGGAGGAUCCCAUGGGGUGCUGGGCCCAGACUUUCACCCCGGAGAUAUGCUGCAGCCCGUGGUAUUGAAAUAAGCAGUAACUCUGCGAUCUUUCUCUUCGUUGUGCUUGUGGUUGUUGUCUUCCGUUUUGUAUAUUCAAAUUGUUUUCAAAUAAAAGGAAGGCAGAAACAAAACUAUUCUUGUCACGCGGCUCAAAUUUGGGUCGCAAAUUGUUCUCGCUGCGAUAAAUAUGGGAGUAUCGAUCUCAGUGUCUUGGAGAAACAAUAAACUGCAUAUUGAUGUUCGUGGGUAGAAGUAAGAAGAAAACGCAAUCACUACAGAGAAAAACGCGAAUCAAUUUUCUCUUCGUGAAUAUCAACAGGUACGGUCCCACGGGCCAUCCAGGAUGCUGGGACGGAGUAGUGACAUACGAGAAGUGUUGCACCCUGUACCGCACCCAAGACACGACCUCCCGCCACGGAAGCAUCGCCGAAAACGCCCUCCCACCGAGGUGAGCCUUCGUUGAGAGGCACGGGGCAUGUUCUUCUUUUCUAUGGUUGAAACACCACAACAAAAAAUCAAAACACGCAUAGUACUAACAAGAAACAAUGUUGAACGUCGCAAAAAAUCAUGGAUAUCAUGGGAAUGCAUGAGCAUGCUUGAGCGAAAAUUUUCUGAAAUUUUUCGAAUGCGAACUUACCGCUAGAGCAAGUGCUAGUUGUAUCUACAGAAGCAGCACACUGCUGUCGGUGUGAACUUUCUAUAAAUUUUCUUACGUCUCUCAAGUUCUUCUACAACACCAACAAAAGUGUUGUUUUCAUUCAAGUGAAGGCAGAACGCUUUGUAUCCCCGCUCGGACGCACUUUGUAUAUUUCGAAAUGCGUCAAUUAGUGCUCUUGCUCAAAGGAGUGAGCAGCGGAUGCACAUCCAGUGUACGUGCAGCAAUGGCUCUUGCACGAAUAAAUGUACUUACUUACUCUCGCGACUAGCGUUGUAUUUUAUCAGACACGAAGCCACCGGUUUUGACGGGAUCAUCGGCUCGCUCCCGGCAAGUAGUACUUACAUCCGACCCAGGUAGACCUUUUUUCUGUUGACACGCCAUCAGAGAAGAAAAUCAACAGUAGACGCGCUGCGCUCAUCGUAAGAUGAUUCGCC